AGCUGAGAUGAACAGAAUCAGAUUUAUUACCAAGAAGGAUUUACACCUGUGAAGAAGGUGCCACACUGCAGACAGGUGACUAGUAUAAACAGUCAGACUGUUGCUAUGGAAACAUGUUUUAUAUUUCCAGCUUUGAUCAAAAAGUUCACUAUAUUAAAAUAUUCUGACGACUUUAAAAAUUCUUCAUAUUUAAACUUAAAAACCCGACAGUCGGUCGGUAGUGACGUCACCACGGGGGGCGAGACAACAUGUGAGGGUCUGGCGUCACGAAGGACUCUAUCGCCCAUGAUGCCUCGCGCCGCUGCUGCUGCUCCGUUCGAGCUGUUUACUGAGAUCAGCGGACCUGAAGGAGGACAGACAGGACGGAGAGGUUGUCCUCAGCGCGCGGACGCACACAGACAGACAGGUGAACAGGAAGUAUAACUGAUCCCACAUCCUGCAGUAAUACUUGACACUACUGCAGUAUUUAUACUGAACACAGAGACGGACUGAUGUGAAAGCUCGGUGCAGCGUGUCGGGGUCAGAGGUCACAGCUCCAUGUGGUCUGAUAGAAGAUGAGAGAUCAUGGCUGUGGAUGCAGAGAGACGGACUCUGGACGGUCAUCCUGCCGCACUCUGCUGGGGUCAGAGGUCAAGCUGCACCUCCAGGUACAGGGUGCAUUGGAUUCAUGUGAGCACAGAUCAGCUGGUUGCCAUGGUGAGGAGCUGAAGGAGGGUGGACCAAAAGAGAAGGACAGGUGUGGUCAUCCGGUGGACAGCGCAGGUCUCUUCUCCUUCAUGACGUUUCAUUGGCUGACUCCUCUGGUUCUACAUGCCCACAGGAAAGGAAAGCUCCUAUUGGACGACAUCUGGCCGGUGUCACAGCGGGAGGGUUGCCAUGCCAACAGCCUGAGGCUGUCAGCUCUGUGGGAGGAGGAACAGAGGUCAAAGGGCAGCAAUGCAUCCUUGUGUUCGGUAGUUUGGUUGUUUUGUCGGACUCGUCUCCUUCUCUCCAUCCUCUGCCUCGCCGUCACACAGCUGGCAGGAUUCAGUGGGCCGGCGUUUGCGGUGAAGCGUCUGCUGGAGUACACCCAGCAGGAGGACUCAGACCUGGUCUACGGGCUGCUGCUGGUUCUGGGUCUCCUGACCACAGAGCUGAUCCGGUCCUGGUCUCUGGCUCUGACUUGGGCCCUGAACUACAGGACAGGAUCCAGACUGAGAGGAGCCAUCCUCAGCCUGGCCUUCCACAAGAUCCUGAAGCUCCGCAGCGUCAGGGACAAGUCCAUGGGACAGCUGGUGAACAUGUGCUCCAGUGAUGGUCAGAGGAUGUUUGAGGCUGCAGCAGUGGGCAGUCUGUUGGCAGGAGGCCCCCUGGUGGCCGCGCUCGGUGUUGCUUAUAACCUGUUUAUUCUGGGACCAACGUCUCUGCUGGGAUCAGCUGUGUUCAUCCUCUUCUACCCGACCAUGAUGUUCAGCUCCAGACUGACAGUGUUCUUCAGGAGGAAGGGCGCGGCUAUCACCGACAGACGAGUGCAGAAGAUGAAUGAGAUCCUCACAAACAUUAAGUUUGUCAAGAUGUACGCCUGGGUCAAAGCCUUCGCCCAGGACAUCCACAGGAUCCGGGACGAGGAGCGGAGGAUCUUGGAGCUGACAGGUUACUUCCAGAGCAUCACUGUGGGCGUGGCUCCUGUAGUCGUCGUCAUCGCCAGUGUGGCAACAUUCUCCACCCACCUGUUGCUAGGAUACAACCUAACUGCAGCUCAGGCCUUCACUGUGGUCACGGUGUUCAACGCCAUGACCUUUGCCCUGAAGGUCACACCCUUCUCUGUCAAGUCUCUGUCUGAGGCGUCAGUGGCCAUGGAGAGAUUCAAGAGUCUCUUCCUGCUGCCGGAGGUCGACGGUGUCCGAGCGUUGCCUGGUGAUCCUCAGAUUGCUGUGGAGAUGUGUGGAGCCAGUUUGGCGUGGGAGGGGGGCGGACAGAGUGCUCAGCCCAGUCCAUGUGUCCGAACAGCUGGCAGACACCGACGACACCAGGACAAGAGCAGUGACGGAGCUGUUCUUCGGGAGAAGGAGGAGCAGAUGGAGGAGGUGACCGGCUCCCUCCUCAGGGUAGAAGGAGGUCUGGCCUCAAGUCAAGAGGAGGAGGAGGGUGAGGGAGAGGCCUGUACUCAUCAGUGGCUUCAGAGCACCCUGCACUGCAUCAACAUGAGUGUCCAGCAGGGGAAGUUGGUCGGUGUCUGCGGAAGUGUCGGCAGUGGAAAAACCUCCCUGAUUUCUGCCAUCUUGGGCCAGAUGACUCUGCUGCAGGGCAGUGUGGCUGUCAGAGGAAGGCUUGCCUAUGUGGCUCAGCAGGCCUGGAUCCUGAAUGCAACACUGAGAGAAAACAUCCUGUUUGGACAGGAGUAUCAGGAAGACAGGUAUCAGUCCGUGCUGAGUGCCUGCUGUCUCAGACCAGACCUCGCACGGCUGCCCAACGCUGACCUCACAGAGAUUGGUGAGUGUGGUGCCAACCUAAGUGGUGGGCAGCGCCAAAGGAUCAGCUUGGCCCGUGCCCUCUACAGUGACCGCGACGUUUACAUCCUGGAUGACCCACUCAGCGCCCUGGAUGCUCAUGUGGCCAACCACAUCUUUCGUAAUGCCAUUAGGAAGCAGCUUUACCAAAAGACCAUUAUCUUCGUCACCCACCAGCUGCAGUACCUGUCAGACUGUGAUGAUGUCAUCCUGAUGAGGGAGGGGACUAUAUUGGAGCAUGGUACCCAUGACAACCUGAUGAAACUGAACAGAGACUAUGCCGCCAUGUUCAACCAUUUUCAGUUGGGAGACACACCUUACAUGGAGGCUCCUAGCAGGAAGACAGGUGGUUCUCAGAGGCAACCAGCAGACAUUAAACCAGGAUCAGUGAAGAAGAUUGCUCCUGUCGUUAAAGAGAAUGGGGAGGAGCAGCUGAGUGGGGGCGUGGCCUGGCCUGUGUUCCGGCUCUACAUGGCAUCGUGUGGUGGCUCCGCCUCCUGCCUGCUGAUCCUGGCUCUGUUUGUUCUGAAUGUUGGGAGCUCAGCCUUUUGCCAGUGGUGGCUCAGCUACUGGAUCAACCAGGGGAGUGGGAACACAACGGUAACCCAGAGCAACAGCUCGACUGUGAGCGGCAGCAUCAAAGACAAUCCCAUGAUGCAACACUAUGCUGCUGUCUACGCCUCCUCCAUGGGAGUCAUGCUGCUACUCAAACUCAUCAGAGGCAUCGUCUUCGUCAAGGGAACUCUGCGCGCCUCCUCUAAACUCCAUGACCUACUGUUUCAUAAGAUCCUCCGCUGCCCCAUGAGGUUCUUUGACUCAACGCCCUCAGCUCGGAUCCUGAACCGCUUCUCCAAAGACAUGGAUGAAGUCGACACUCGUCUGCCCUUCCAGGCUGAGAUGUUCAUCCAGAAUGUCAUCCUGGUCUUCUUCUGCCUCUGUGUCAUCAGCUGUGUGUUCCCGUGGUUCCUGGUGGCUGUGGGUCCGCUGGUGUUGCUUUUCGCAGUGCUGCACAGCAUCUCCAGGGUCUUCAUCAGGGAGCUGAAGCGUCUGGACAACGUGACCAUGUCCCCAUUCAUGUCCCACAUCACCUCCAGUAUCCAGGGCCUCAGCACGCUGCAGGCCUAUGACCAGGGACGGAACUUCCUGAACAGGUACCAGGUUCUGCUGGACCAGAACCAGGCUCCGUUUUAUCUGUUCAGCUGUGCGAUGCGCUGGUUGGCAGUGCGUCUGGACAUCAUCAGCGUGGCCCUGAUCAGCACCACCGCCCUCAUGAUGGUCCUGAUGCAUGGGCAGAUCCCUCCUGCCUAUGCGGGCCUUGCCAUCUCCUAUGCUGUGCAGUUAACAGGACUGUUCCAGUUCACUGUCCGUCUGGCCUCUGAGACUGAAGCUCGCUUCACCUCAGUGGAGAGAAUUCAUCACUACAUCCAGUCCCUGUCCCAGGAGGCCCCUGCCCGGGUCAAAGGUCGCUCUCCUCCAGCCGACUGGCCUCAGCAGGGGGAGCUGGUGCUCCAGGACGUGGACAUGAGGUACCAGGAGAACCUCCCUCUGGUUCUCAACAAGAUCUCCUGCAGCAUCCGACCAAAAGAGAAGGUCGGCAUCGUGGGCAGAACUGGAUCAGGUAAGUCAUCUCUGGGUGUGGCUCUGUUCCGGUUGGUGGAGAGCUGUGGCGGCUCCAUUCUGAUUGACGGUGUUGACAUCAGUGACAUCGGACUGGCUGACCUGCGCAGCAAACUGUCAAUCAUCCCUCAGGACCCAGUGCUGUUCAGUGGGACAGUCAGGUUCAACGUGGACCCUUUUAAUCAGUACAGUGAGGAGCAGAUCUGGGACGCUCUGGAGAGGAGUCACAUGAAGGACUGUGUGUCCCAGCUGCCACUGAAGUUGGAAUCCGAGGUGGUGGAGAAUGGAGAGAACUUCUCAGUGGGAGAGAGACAGCUACUGUGCGUUGCCAGAGCUCUGCUGAGACAGUGCAAGGUCCUGAUCCUAGAUGAGGCGACGGCAGCAAUGGAUGCAGAGACGGACGGUCUGAUCCAGGAGACCAUUCGGAGUUCUUUCCAGGACUGCACAACCUUGACCAUUGCUCACCGCCUCCAUACGGUCCUCGCUUCAGACCGUAUCAUGGUGCUUAACCACGGACAGGUGGCAGAGUUUGAUGAGCCAUCCAAGCUGCUGGCCAAUGAGAACUCUCGUCUGUCCUCCAUGCUGGCUGCUGUAGAGAACAAGAUCUCAGUGCGAGGAUGAAGAGGAGGAUGAAGGACAGUUAAUGUUGUUCUAAGGAGGUUGGACAUGAGAUCAGCUGAUCUGAAGGUGCUGCUCCGGUUCCUGUAGUGUACUCUGUGUUCUGUGUUCGAGAUAAUACAGACCUGCUCCAGUUCUGUGGAUCUAUAUCCUGUCAGAUACAUCAGUCGUCUUCACUCUCACUUACUGUUGCUUUUUACGCAACAAGUUGUUUUUCUGUGUUUAAUAAUGUUUAUGUUAAUGUGAACCUGCUGAUGAUGUGGCGCUGUGUGAUUGGAUGUUAGCAGAGAGACAGGAAGUUGAAGGAGGAGUCUUUCAACAUCCUUCGUGUUUUUGUAAAAAUAUAAUUAAAGGAUCGAAAGCAGGUCAGAGUUUAUAACCGGCUUAACAUUUGAACUGAAAAAAUCAAUUGAAUUAGAGCUGCAAUGAUACCAACUGUGGUAAUAAUUGAUUAAAUCAGUUUGAGUAAUUUUCUGAAGAAAAAUAAGAAAAUUAGUUUGUUAAAAGUGAAUAUUUUCUGUUUCUUUUCUUCCUCUGUGACAGUAAACUGAAGGAGGAUGAGUGUCAGCUGCAGCUUCUCAUAUUUCACUGAUCUGAAACAGAUUAAAUCAGUUAACUGCUGAAGAACAAGGAUGUGUUUCUGUCCAGGUCACUCGUUGUGUUAUUUUAAAAGUCGGCGUCAGCCUGAAGCAGAGACUCGACUCGCUGCCUUUUAUAGUUUCAUUUGUAACUUAUUUUAUUUUUGCCUUUGGUUGAUAAACAAGUUCAGAGUUGAGGCGAAAAGGAAGCGCGAAGUUAAGUCUGACCUCUGACGCCUGCGUCGCCUCGUUCAAGUGCAGCUGAUGCUUCAACACAGAUGACAAAGUGUGUAAAUAACAUUAAUAAACUGAUAAAAGAAUGUAAAUAGAUAUAAAAGCAAUAAUUAGAAUAUUUCCUUUAAUAUUGAUGUUGAAUAAUCACCUUUAUGUUUCUGUCCAAUGGAAUGAGACCUCAGGUGAGUCCUGCAGGUGUGUUCAUCAUCUUCUCCUUCUCUUUUUAAAAUGUGAUGAUUUCUCCAUCAGUUUGUUCACUGAACAUCUGUCUGCUGCUUUCAUUUCUCAGUGAGGAUCUGAUCUGCUGAGUGACAUCACUCAGAGUGUGAUGUCACCAUCAGACUGAUGAUGUCACUGUCAGAGUGAUGACACGUCGCUGUCAGUCUGUUUCCUGUCUCACCUUUGACAAAGCUUGACGUCCUGUUUGUCCUCGUGUCUCUCAGAGGAAGUCGUUAUGGACAGAGUUUAAUGAGCUGAACAAGGAAGUGAAAGUUCAGUCAUGUGAUGUGUGUGUCACAUGACAGCAUCAUUUUUUAUCAACAAACAGCCUUGUGUGUGUGUGUGUGUGUGUGUGUGUGUGUGUGUGUGUGUGCGCGUGUGCUGUAUUUUUCUAACAGCCUUAUAGCAUGACGUCAAAACUGCCUUGUAACUGUGGGGGCGGGGUCUUGUCAAUAAAGUUAUUUUAA